UAAUUAUCAAAGAAGAGAGGCGAAAAAAAAAAGCCCCCAUCCGACGGGGCAGCCACCACCGGUUCCAGAGAGGGAAGAAAUUCGGGUUGCGGAGCUGAGCAUAAAUAGAGGAACUAAACCCUAGAUUUCUAGGGUUUUGUACAAUUCUUCCCAAAAGAUCUCCUGCAAUUCUCUUCCUGGAUUCGAUGUCUGGAGCCGUCGAUCACCCAUCUGACGGAGGAUUCUCUGGUUAGAUGCUCCUCAGCACAUCUCUUGCCGCUUGGAUCCGUCAGAUUCUCGCAUGCAUGGGAGCAGAGGUUGUCUUGGAUGCUGUACUAAGCCCACUCCGAUAAUCGCUGUGGAUGAGCCAUCAAAAGGUCUGAAAAUUCAAGGCAGGACUGUGAAAAAGUCCAGUUUAUCAGAGGAUUUCUGGAGCACCAGCACCUAUGAGAUGGAGAACAGUGGAGUUCAGUCUCAGAGAAGUGUAUCAUCGAUCAGCACAUCAAACCAAACCCACGACCCCCAUAGUGUUGGAGGCAGCACCAGCAACCCCCCCGAAUUCGUGAAUCACGGUCUUCUUCUCUGGAAUCAAACUAGACAACAGUGGAUUGGAAAUAGAAAGGCGGAGAACCGGAUGCAGCAGGUUCGAGAACCCAGGUUGAGUUGGAAUGCAACUUACGACAGUUUACUUGGGACCAACAAACCAUUCCCGCAGCCCAUCCCUCUCGCUGAGAUGGUAGAUUUUCUCGUGGAUAUUUGGGAGCAGGAGGGGAUGUAUGAUUAGCUGGAAAACCGGCCCUGCCCAUAUUAAAAAAAAAAAGAAAAAAAAAAAGGCUUUUCUUGUUAGACCGAUAAAUGCUGUUGUAGAACUGUUGCCUCCUUUCGGUCCAAGGCUCUGGUUUGUCAAAGGGAUGAAAAAGCAUGUCUGAUGUGUCAACAAUUGCAAUAUUGGAGCUGUUGAUGAUCCUCUUUUUACAGUCGAA